GAGAAAGGAAAAGAAAAUUCUCGCGACGUCUGCCAUCAAGAAAAGAACUUCGGAAAAGAGACUGAUUUUUCACGCGUAAAAUUUCCCGUUCUAAAAGUGACCGAAGCUGCCCAAAAGUGUUGCAAAGUGUGCCCCAGAGUCGGAACCACCGGUGGAAAGUCGAUUCGUCCGGCUUCGAGUGCGGCCAGCUGGAUUAUUUCGAUCCGUGGGGUUUCGCGAGUUUCGUUGUUUCGCAGUCAAGUGGUGGCAGGAGAAAAAAAUGUGAAGAGGAUACGUCGACAGUGCAAAUUUUCAAUUUCAAACAGGAAGUGACUACUAUUUCUAGCUUUUAGUGACACUAGUGCGUGUGAGUGGUGAGGAAGUGCAAGGAAGAAGAGGGGAGUUUUUUCGUUUCACCUUCGUAGUGGACUACGAAGGGAAAUAUUUAGUGGUCGGCAAUGGCCAACGGUGCUGAUGACCAAUGGCUGAAAGAGGAUGGCUACCUGAAUGUGGACACUGAAUCGGUGCGGAUCGUGUAUCAUCCGUUUCUGAACGUUAUCCUGGUGUUUACCCGUGCGGGGGAAGUGAAAGUGCUGGACGUGAAUUCGGGGGUGAUCCUGCAGAGCUACCAUGUUUCCGAAAAUCUCCCUGCACAGUGCCGCUACCUUCCCGACCAGGACAAAAUCCUGUUCUGGAAUGGGCGGAACGUGUCGAUGCGGGGCGACUACAAUGGUGUCCUGUUGCUCGAUACCAUCCUGCAAGCGCCAGUUUCACAAGCGGACGACAUCAUCCGAAUAGAGUUGCUCCUAUCGGAGGCGGUUCUCUUCGUGCAGUGUUUGCAGAACCUCGAACAGCAUGGGCUCGAGAACACGGCCGACGUCAUCAACGAGCUGACGCUGAAAAUCGGUGAAUCCCAGCAGCAUGCGAAGCGGGGCAUCAAAGCGCAGAAGUGGGAAACGAUCUGUUUGGAGCUGUCCCAUUCGUCGCUCCGGAUGGUAGCUGGCGAAAUGGUGAUGCAGCUGAAGCGACUCGAUCGCCACAUCCCAGCGCUAGCGAUCGCCUCCGCCAUCAAUGAACGGCUGACGGAUUUACUGGAAGGCGCACGUGUCACGGAACCAUCCGCCCUGAAUCGUUUCUACAUGUUCUCGGAAGCGACCCGGCGGCAAACGUUUGAGGGUUGGCCUCACAUGGACUACAAGUGGGUUCUGCCGGAUCAAAUGGCCCAGGCCGGGUUCUAUCACUAUCCGGGGGACAAUGGGAACGACGACCGGGCGAUGUGUUUUACGUGCAAUGUGUGCUUGGUUUGCUGGGAGAAAACCGACGAACCGUGGAGCGAACACGAACGCCACUCUCCGGAGUGUCCCUUCGUGAAGGGAGAAUUCACCCAAAAUGUACCGCUGUCGGUAACGUAUGCAACGAGUCCAGCGAUUGCCACGGAUGGAUUCUCCAUCAUAUCGGCGGGUGAUCGAGGAAAUGUGUUCUGCACGGGAAAUCCUUCAGCCGAUGUGACCGUGUGGAAUGUGGAGCGUCAGCUGGUCAAGGUUCACGACUUCAAGGUAAAACUGCAUCCGGACAUCCUCACGACUACAAGCAUCAGUCGAAGCGCAGUUGUGAACAGCAUCGAACUUACGGCUCUCUCCACGUAUUAUAUGAAACAUGCAGGACUUGUUAGCAAAUCGAAAGUGGCAUCACUAUCUUUGAAACCUAAAAUGCUGGGAUCGAAAAUUGUUUGUGGAAUUCGGGUUAGUAGCACUGAAACGGUGGAUGGUAAGGACGAAACGGGAACCACACUGCUGUUGAUUGUCUACAAUGUGGAAGAGUCAACGUCGUGUGACGAAGGUGGGAAUAAGCAGCUGAACCAAGCCUCCAAUGUGUCUGUCAUUCCACCAACGAAGAAAUCCUCACUUAGCACCAUUGACGAAAAGUACGAAGAAGAUAUUAUGAAGUUCUUUUCCGGAAACACGGAGUCCCAGCUGUUGGAAUCGAUUGAUAAACUUAUCCAUUUAGAAACGUUGAAGAAAGACGAUCCUUCACUGUGCCAGCAGUUCGGUGCAAAGCUGGAUGACACGUUGCGAAAACUGAUCGAAGCUUCCGGUUCCCCUUCGGUGGGUUCUGUUGACAAACCGGCAUCGGAUGAUUCCCCAUCUUCGCCCACGGGACACAUGGAGGUUGUCAAAGGACCCACCUGCAUUUCACUUCCACCACCACCCCCGUCUGCCGCUGGUUCCAACAGUGGUUCAUCAACGCAGCUGUCCUCUGUAAAGUCCUCGCAACCGGAUAGCGUCACCAGUAUCAGCACCAUGGGCAGCAGCAGCAGUCCAAACACAAACGUAACAUCCGCCCUGUCGACGGCCACCAGCAGCGUUUCGUCCGGCAAUUGUGACAUCAACUGUAUUCCGCUGCAGUACAUCGAGAUUCCCGCCGAGUGGCACGAUAACUAUCGCAUCGCCGAAGUGAUUCCCUCGAGUGACAACAAGUACCUGCUGGUGGUUCUGCGGCUAAUACCGAAAGCGACUGCUGACGAAAAAGAAUCGACCAAAGACGAUGAAAAGGAAGUGGUCGAAAAGAAAGACGAGGGAGAGAAAGAGGAACAUGAAGAGGAAAUCCCGGAGGAGAUUGAAGAAGCAGACUGGAAAACUGUUUUACUGUUGUACUUCCUGACUGAAGAUGGCUUGAUAAAAGCUGGCGAUCCAGUGGUAAAACAGUUAUCCGACGAAGAAAGUCCGGUUGAAAUCGUUAUGCUACCGAAAUGUGACAGCAGUGGACGAAGCUUCGGUGGCCCGGACACCGAAAACGGCAUCUUUGUAAUGACUUGCGAGGACGGAAAAUUGCGAAUAUUUUCGCUGAAGACUUUGAACAUAGUAUCGGAAGCUAGUGUAAAAGACGACCACUUUGUAUCGGCGACCUACUGUAAAAGUUUGGAACGCUUGUGUGGUUGCACCGCCAAAGGUUGUCUACAUUUCUACUCUUUCUACGACUUGGACGCGGACUCAAGCGACGAACGAGACGACGACGUGACGUGCGUGAUUGGUAAUGGUAGCAAGGCAGCUGCUGGAGCGGAUCGGUCACAAUACGCUGAAGUGGAUGGCGCUGCCUCUAGCGCAGCUGCCAAUCUACUGAAAUACGACGCAACACCCUCGACUUCGUCUUCGCCUCCGCAGAUGCCAUCCGCGGUGGCAUCGGGAGCCAGUGUCACCGGUGAGAACCAUCUGGCCGAUGCGCUCCUGGCUUACAAGCCAGAGCUGUCCCUACCGACCCUAAAGGUGCUAUAUUCGCUGACACUGUUCAACGAAAUGUUGACUCCAUACUCGGCCGAAGUUCCCGGCUGUUGGAGCGAGCUGGAACAGGCGCAGAAACAGCGACGGCAUCCGCAACAUCUUCGACCCGGGGACGACACCCAUCUGACCAAGACGUGGCGGCUGCAUAACGAUGCCACCACCUGGGACGAACAUCUCAUCGAGCUGAACUUGCCAAAGUGUACUUCGUUGGGGCAUAUCGAUUUCAAGUUUUCCCUUUAUCAACCCUGCACGAACCCACCGGCCAUUCAAGUCACGCUUCUGAAGCAAAAGUCCAUCGGACUUUGCUCCCGACGCAAAACCCAGUCCAUCAAUCGCGUGGAUGAAUCAAUCAACUUCAAUAUCGGAUCCAGCGAUGGAAAAAAUUUCAUCGAAAAUCCUGUCCUGAGCGAAGAGUACCUCCAGGCGAGGAAUGCGGAGAUUCUGGUUGGUCCGAUCGAGCUGGCAGCUUGUAUGGAUCUCAGUGAGCAGGCCGGUUCUGUGACACUUACCAGUCCAAAGUUGCUCAAAUCCAAGGGUCGAAAUUAUUUGCUCCACAUCAAAACGAUGACUGACCUGUCGAAGGAUGGACAAGCGAAAACGAGGGUUCCAGUGCGUAAGAAGGGCAUAACCAGUAUCCUGCUAACAUCAUUCGCAAAUGUUUUGCAACCAAAUCACAAUACUGCCUCGACCAACAACCACGCGAUGGCCGGGGCCGGCGGAUCAACGGGCAAGGACGGCGUCAGUUUCUUUCCCGACUCCGCCACCGGUCUCAGCAAUAACAAGACGCGCAAAAAUGACUUUUACAUAGGCUGCGAUUGGUUGAACGAAAUAUCCAUCACCGUUCGCUCGACCCGCCAGGUGUACAAAAUCGAGAACGAACGCGCCCAACGGCUAGCCAUGCUGGACUCCAAUCUGCUGCUGCGAAAUUUGCUUAAGCUGCUCUACAGCGCAGACGAAGCCGUCCACAUGCACCAGAGCGUGAUCUUCGACAUACUGAUUUGGAUUGUGUCGAUCCGGCUGGUGCGCUAUCGGUAUCCGAAGAACCCAUUUGCGAAGAAGGUCGUUCCCGCGACGGAGGUUAAGGACGUUGCGUCCAGCGAUAUCAACGUACAGCAGUCGGAGUGCAUUCAGAUUGUGGAACGCCAUCUGGAGGAAAUCAUUCGCCAUUGUGUGGUGAGGGGCAACCGGAGCAUUGCACACAAGUGCGUCAAGUUCGUGAGCGUGGCUUUGGAAGGAGCCCAGAACAUGAUCGACAAGGAUGUGUGCAACUCGUUUGAAAAGUCACUGAAACAGGCGAUCAUCACUUGCCUGCCGGAGAUCAUCCACUCGAACCAUGCAGGAGCGCUGCGCUGGUUCACGUUGUUGAUUUCCGGAACAUCCACGUGCGAUUCCCACGGGCCCAUUUCGGAGAAGUGCAUUUCGCUGCUGAAGGAUGUUGCCAGUGAGAUGCGAAAGCGGAGCAAUCCCUACACAGCGCUGCUUCGGACGCGCUUUGGACUGUACGGAUCACCGUUCGAGUCGGAAAUAUUCGAUUCGCAACCGUUGACGUCCAAGAACACGAAUGUAACGUACACUUGCUCGAUAACGAAAACCACCGGAACGGGUGCGAACAACCAAUCGAUCGAUUUGCGAUCGGUGUGCAUCGCGGAUGGGUCCGAGUUGAAGUUCCUGCCGUUGCAAUUGAGGCGCAGGGGAAUCGGUAAUCAUUUCAAGGGAUUGCUGGAAGUAGAACCUCUACACUAUGUGUGCAGUUCGACGUCGGAUGCGACACGGCUAGAAAACGUCGACGCCAACAAUAUGCAGGCCACCAACAUCAUUGAUGAUUUCCUGAUGGAGAACACAGCUCAGAACAACAUCGAGCCGGUACAGAACCACAUCAAGUUGGACGAGAAGGAGAAUCUGGACGACGAUAUGAUGAACAACGUCAAGAACAUUCUGGUGGAUAAGAUCUUCUAUUCAGCGUUGAAGAAACACAAGAUGAAGGAUGACUUCAUCAACGAAGCGAAAAAGUCGGCCGAGGAAAUCGAAAUCGAUCCACAAAAUGAGAGCUUUAGUGAAAUUGGAGGCUGGGGCCCGUCGAACGAACCAAGGAUGGUCUUUGUCGGUGGUAACGUCACUGAUGCCUCCUCGAUCAUAGAGGAAAAGCCGCAAGCAUCGAUCACCUUGAACAACAAAAUCCAAGAAUUUUUUGAAGAUAGCAAUGCCGACGAAAACGCAAAUGGGCUGCCAUGGCACAAGCUGCUCAGCACGCCCCCGAAGCAGAUGAUCGUCGUGGAACGGAUGCACUCCGGAGCGAUGCGUUACAUAACGCUAGACUUUGGCGCGCCCAUCAUGUUGACUGAUUUGAUCAUUCCUGCGUGCUCGGAUCUGGCUUCGCUGUUCAUCGAUAUCUGGUGUUUCGAGGAGGAAGCCGACAGUGUGCGAUUGGUGGUUUCCCAAGACAUUGGAUCGCGGACACUGGUUCUGAGUGAUCUGCAACCUCCGCCGAUAUGUCGUUACUUGAAAAUCACCAUCACCGGACGGUACGGAAUGUCCGCAACACGGUGUCGCAUUCCCAUGGGAUCAUUCUACGGCCAUAUCGUCAUCCUAGAUCGAGAGGGAUAUGCCGAUCCCGUCAUGAAGUAUCUGAAAAACAAGAAAAACAAUCUGCCCGCUCAGGUCAAAAUUCUCAAAGCACUGUACGAAGACGUUCACUGCCGAUACUGUCUGUCUAGCAGUAAGCUCAUGGAUUUGCUACAACCACUGAUCAACAGCGAAUCCUCCAAUAUUGCCCACAUGCAAGCAUUCCUCAACCGCAUCAAAGAGAACAACGGUGACCAAACCGGGCCUGGCCACUCCAACACAUCUGCGUUCCAGGACAACGCCAAAGUAUACGCCGUCUACGAGGAAUGCAUGGCCUUCCAACACCAACUCAAUGUCAUCAAACGGGUCAUCGAUCGGAUCAAAAUCCCAGCCUCCCUGUCGGAUCUUCCGAAGCAACUCAAACCUGGUGCCGCUGACCUGUCACCGAUCUACACCGACAAGCUGCGCGUUCUAAGCGAAUGCCUUAUCGAAACGCUUCUUCAUCUAAUCACAACAUACGGCGUCCAGAACGUGGCCAACAUUUAUCCGUACUUCGAUUUGGAAACUUGCAACCUUCUGUUCGACACCCUGGUCAUCAAUGGGGACACCCACAUCCAGCUGGCGACCUGCUCGAUGCUGGUCCGGAUGUGCUGCUUCCAAUCGUGGUGGGGAGAAUUCCUCGCCGAUAAGUUCCUUAAACUGUACUCGUCGCAAAACAGUCGCAUUUUCCCGCAGGAUCGGGUCUUUUUCCUUCUGACGUACCUUGGCCGCAAGAGCAUCUCGAUGGGAAGCUGCCGUUCGAUAGUGAUCGACGCGAUUCUAAAGAGCCUGGCGACCCUCCUUGCCCCCUUGUCGCAAAACAGUGCCAGCGGGCUCAACAUUUGGUGCAACACGGAUCUGAAUCUUCUCGGGUGGAUCUUGCUGUUCCUCUCCGUUUGCCUGGACGAUGGGAUGGCCGAUGGCAAAAAGGACCAAAGUAACAUACGGUGGGAUUUCAUGUCCGGUGAAACGGACAUGGUUAAAGCGCGGCUAAACAUGGGAAGUGGUGGACUACGAACCUUAACCAGGACGUUCAAGAAACGGUUCCUGCAGAGCAAGCAUUACAGCUCCGGUUUGACCGGGGGCAAUGGCAAUGCCGUAACCGAGAAGAUGUACAUGAUGAACUCGGAUCCCCUGCAAACCCCGGCCAGCAAGCUGGAGAUGGCACUGAAGCAGCACGAGAAUCAGCUGAAAAAGCUGCAGAACAGUGUCAAACAAUCGUUUGGAGAUUACUUCAACGAAAUUACCAAAGCAAAAUCAGUCAGACUUCCAGGUGGAGAGGGAGGUUCGCGGAGUUCCCAGUCCGGAAGUAGCGGUAGCGGAUCGAAAGAUACCAGCUCCGACAGCAGUACAAAUGAUAAUGAAACGGCUUUUGACAAGGGUCUGAAGUCGCUCAAGAUCGGUAACAUAAUUGUGGUGAUUCGCGGAUUGAUUGGGUUGAUCCUGAGUAUGGAUUUUACCUGCAACAUGGAUCUUUUCUUGAUCACCUGCAAAAUUAUCGCACGAUUGGUACUUGCCUGUAGACCCGUUGUCCAGUUGUCCAAGAUCAUCACCACCAAUCAGCUGCUGCAACUUGUGCGAAUAGCCGUUUGGGAGAACCAGCAACAGCCGUGGGCUGUCCAUGCGAUCACUUGCCUGCUGCAGGACGUGCUGGAAGCGGAUAAAAACUACAAGGAUGACGAGAACGAUUCCGGAAAUUCUUCCGGCGACGAAGCAACCACCUCUUCGGAAGCAGGCGCCUCCGCACGGCCUCCGGUGCCCGAUACGGCCUUCAAACCCGUACAGCACACCGUCCAAGUGUCCAAGGACAUCAGCUACGCGGACGCGGUGAAAAAUCAGCUCCCGUCGCUGAUGGAGUGCGACGACGCCGACAUGGAGGACAUCCUGAUUCUGGACGACAUACUGGAGCGGGAGAAGCGGGUCUUCAAGAAGGACGCCAGUGCAACCGUCGGCAACGGACGGAAUGGAAUGACCUUCCUGUACAAAACUGUAUCAUCCGCGAUGGAUGCCCGGCUGGAAACCGGACUGGAUACCAAUGUGGAAAUAACCCUCAGAAGACUGGCCAUGAAAGCAACGUUCAACUUAAUCGCGAGUCUACCCCAAGUAACCGCAGUAGAUCCACUCAACCCGACCCAAAUCGAACUUACCGCGUGGCCGGAAUCGAUCGUUGAGGCUUGGUCCGGUGAGGAAUACCAACAAGGUCUAGAGACCAACACCAUGCUGACGGAGGUGUUCGAUAACAUUCUGUGCGACCUGCACUUGGUAGACUCCUGGUUGAACCUGGAAAAGAUCCUACAGCUUUGGUUGACCCUCAAUGGGGAAACGCUUGAGCAGGUCCCCGGUAGCAAUGCGCCCGGCUUGAAUGCGUACUCGUUUCCGAAAAUACCGUUCGGGGAUCGCGCCGUGCACGGUUUACUGAAGGCACUGGCCACGCAUCCCAACAUCAAACUGCGGGCGUGGUGCCUGGGAUUCCAGUGCUUGAUCCUGGCAUGUAAACCACACUUCGAAGCGGACUACAUAGACUCCACUUCGACCACCAGCGACAAUCAUUUCCGCAAGAUGGGCAACCUGAUUGUGGGUGACGAGAACUUCGAAAAAAUGCUGCUACGCUUCUUUUCCGGCGUGGAUCAAUCGAUUUCGUCGUUGGAUAGUAAUCGAUAUGCUGGCCCAACGGUGUGCAAGCUGGUGCUGGAAUUGUUCAUCUGGCUCGAGCUAAAGUGCAAUGUGAAGGAAAAGUUGAAAGAGAUCCUGUUGAAGGUUAUACUGCAUCUGGUGCAGUUUGGUGGUGCAAUUUCCAGUCAACAAGGUCCAAUCGAUGCCCAAAGUCAGCUGAUCAAGGAGCUGUUGUCGUUUUCGUACGAUAAAAGUGACCUCGGGGUGGCCAUGAGUAUAAUCGAGUGUGUAUCUCACUUGGUGUACAACAACAUCGUCAACGUAGAGAAACUGUACUGCUACCGAGCUUCCGAAAACAGCCAUUCCAACAGUAUGUAUGCGACGCGCUUCGGCAGUUUGUUCGCUACCGUCCUGGGUCCAGAAAAUGCUCGCCAGUGUAAAACCGUUACCGACAGCACAGUGUUGAUCGAUCUCCUGAAGCUUGCCUCGAUCCUCGUUAACACGAAGAAUCCACGCUCUGGUGAGAGCGAUAAUGCAGCAGCGUACGAAAGCUCGACCUUUAAUGAGCUGAACACUUCCAACGAAAGCCAAACGGACGAAAUCAAAGCCGAACAGCAGAACAUUGAACCUAGACCAAAGACUCCGUGCUUCGCAGAUACGGUCCUUCAGCAUUCGCCAACGAUGACUCGUCUGUUGAGCACCCUUUCGCACUGUUCCACUUCUUCGUUUGCAAUGCUAGUGGCGUCGUCCAUGUACUGCGCCUCUAUCAACGAUUCGAAAAGUAGCAGCCUAACCGAACCGCAAACCGUUGCUGAUGCCGUGUUCCAACUGCUGCUAUACAUUUGCCGAGCAGCAACACAAACCGUCCUGGUGGUGAAACCGCUGUUCGAUUACAUUAGCAACGCCUCUAGUAUGCGACACGCAAUGCCCAAGCUGCACCUAUCCGAGCCGUUCCUGUGGUUCAUCUUGAAGGUGCUGGACAGCUCUGCCUCCAUUGCCAUAUUCACCGACAUGGGCGGCAUUAAGGUACUCUGUGAGAGCCUGGUACGAAGCAAUCGGGUUCUCAUCAAUACCCAACCGAGCUUGGUCUCGAUGAUCAUGCAACGACUGUCCAAGUCGUCCAAUCUGCAAACCACCCUGUCCAGUUCGUCCAAGAAAAGUUCAAUGGCCGCGACUCGGAACGAAGACGGCCUGAUCAACUUUGCCCCAUACUGUACCAUUUCGUCCGAAAACCAAACCGCCCAACCGGCUGACGUCCUCAUCCAAGCACCAAUCGCAUCGCACCGCCGGGCUCGGAAUCCAGCCUGGAGCUACCUCUUCUAUCCCAACGAAUCGCACGUGGAUCUGACGAUCACACUGCCUACGGCUGUGCUCCUUAAAGAAGUUCAACUACAACCCCACCUGUCCACUCUUGCCUCCUGUCCUUCGGCGGUUGCGAUAGAAAUCACGCGCGACAGUAAUCUAGGGCCGAUUCCGAUCACCCAGCCGAUCUCCACCGUUGGUAUGACCUGCAUCCGGUUGAAGUUCGCCCAGCCGGAAAUUGCCACCAGCGUGAUUAUCCGCCUGUACCGACCCCGCGAUGCCACCAAUAUAGGUCUGACGCAGAUAUCGGUUCUCGGAACGACGACCUUUAGCGAUGUGAACGGUAGCUCUGUGGCUGGACCAUGUUGGGUUACUGGAACAACGCCGCCACAACCUGCGAAACCUGCAUCGGAUGGUACGAGCGAGUUCUUCAAUGAUGACGACAAAGCUGCCAAAACCAGCCUCGGUUGGUUGCGGAUCCUUGCUCAGUGUUCCAGCGUGGUAAUGUACAAUACCGAUCGACAGCUCGCUAACCGGGUGAUCAUGGCAGCGACAGAAGUUCCAGGUUUCUUGGAAGCAUGCUGUUCGUUGUUGAACAUUGCUCCACUUUGUCCGAACAUUGCCCUGAACAAUUUGGAGACAGUGCUGCUUAAGAUAGGACUGUACAGUAGGGAGUGUGGUUUGAAUCUGAUCAACAUCCUGCUGAAGGAAAGUAUCCCACAAACGUUCCAACUGUGCAAUGAUUCGAUCUCGGAUUUGCUGUACCAUCUCUGCACUACCCACAACGAGUACACGGGUGAUCGAGUGGAAGCAAUGUUGUCGUGGGUUCAGCGAUUGUACGAACGCUACCAUCAGAACCAAGUCAACAGAUUUGUACUGCACGCUACCAAUCCGUACAGUGGAUUCAUUCGGUGUCUGUCGUCGAUUCUGUGGCAAUCGUACGCAACCGAUCUCAUACCGGAUCUGCCGAACAUGAUCACCAAGGAAUUGUUUGAAACGCUCUACGAUUGGAAUCAGGAAUUGGAACAUGACGAACCGUUGAAGAAGGCGAUCGAUGCCAUGUUGUGUUCGGUGUGCUGCAUUCGACCGGAACUGUUUACGAUGCUGUUGAAGCGCAUGGGUGUGCUAGUUCCUAAUUUGUCUACCGAUCUUACAGCAUCGAUCUCCGAUGAUCGGAAGGAUGGAGAAUGUAUCACGGACGACAUCAAGCAGGAAGAAUCGGACGCGGCGGAAUGGUACAGCCAUUUGGUGAUUGAAGAUUUGAGCAGGUUGAAUUUGUCCAAAGCUCACUUGUCCACAAUUUCGAUGGCCUGCCAGUCGCCACUUGCCGUGCAACAGCUGAUUGAUUCCGGACUGCCUAAUCUGUUGACAUCGGUCAUUUUGGAGUUCUGCCACCGGGCGUUGAAUAGCAUCAAUCAACACCAAAAACAGUCGGAGGUGGCCAGUGGCAGCGUUGAGCGCGAUAACCGCGAAGUCUUCGAAGAGGAACAAGCUGCCGCAGCAGCGGUUGCUGCUGCCACUGCCGGAGAUGGCGCUGAGGAGUCCAGCUCAUGCAUGACCGACGCCGACAAGGAGCAUCAUAAGUAUUCUGGUUCCGGAGCCAAGGAGGUCAUCUAUCCCAUGGUCAACGUUCAAAAAGUAACGGAAAUCCUUGGAUUUUUCUCGGAAGUUUGCUCGGAAGGUCAUAUGCGCGACUGGCUGGGUUGUUUCGAGGGCUCGAUCUUCUGGGAGCCUCUGCUUCUGCUGCUGUGCAACAACAAAUUAGCAAAUAUUUCUCCGGAGGUGACACCCCAAGCGUGUCUCGAUCUGGAAGAAUGCCUUAUCAAGUUCCUGUCCAAAGUUACAUCGUGUCACCCGAAAAAUCAAGAAGUUUUCACCGUUAACCUGAUUUCCGUGAUUCGAAAGUCUGAUUCCGCUAAUGUUAGCAGCAGUGGUGCUUCCGCUGCAAAUGGCAGCAGCUCGAACCAGACUGGACUCAACAAUCGACCAAACAGCGGUAGCAAAUCAUGCAUAUCCGGAUUCACGAGGCGAUUAGUGCUACAAAUUUUACUGGAGAGCGAGAAAAUCAUGGUCGCUGUCCAAAGCGAACUUCCGCUUCAGAACAAAGAUCCCAAUCCGUACAAUCUGAGCAACCAUCCGUCGAAACGGCCGAACACUCACUUCCGGUUGUUCUACCUGAGCACCAACUCCAAAUGUCAGGAGAUUAUGGACCAUUGCGUGACGGCGUACAACAGGAUCAUCCCCAACUUGCCAUCCGACAGCCGGGUGAGUGAGGUUCUGAUCGGUUCGUCCAAUGCCGGUGCGGCUGCAGGCGGCAGCGACAACCGGAAGGAACUGUGGGAAAUGGGUCUCGGUAUGGAGUUCCUCAGUGUGGCGGCUGGCGUAACUGCCAAGGAUAAGCGGCUGAAGGAGGCCAAGAAUCAGGCCACCACCAUGAAGCAGAAGGACAUCCUGUCCAUGUUCAAAAUGAAAAUUGAUGAUCCCAAGCUAACCGCCCCGGACGGAAUAAUCCUCCGACAUACAGCCAUUCCCAAUGGAGUGAUCACAAGUGAUACCACCAUCUCGCAAGUUCUAGCCAUGUUGAAAUCGUCAGGAAUAUCUCUUUCCACACCCUGUAUAAAUCUUAAUCUGAGCCUUGCCAAAAACAAACCGGACGUGGAGCUGAGCUGCGAAGCCAGCAGCUCUUCGUCUUCCUCGCCAAUCCUGAAGGCGGCCGACUUCAUACCGCUGUCUUCGCCGCUGCAGAUCUUCUCCAGCCGCGGUGGCCUUUCGCUGCUGGCGCACUACUUGCCGAUGGUAUAUCCGGAAUCGCCCAAAUCGCAGCAACAGCUGGGCGACAAGGACAAGAGUCCCCCCGGGGGCGACUGGGUGAAGGUCGAGCAGAACGAGGAGAUCUACGAAGAUUUGGACGACAUUCUGGCGGAUGCUUCGCCCAAAGCGCAAGCCAUCUCGGCCGUACCGCAGCACUCGUUGGCUGCGUUUGCAUUGUUCCUAAAGCUGCCUGCCUACUCCGAGGUCCUCCUGCGGGACAAGGUUCGAGCCCAGUGUCUACUGCGGUUGAUCUUGGGCGUUACCGGAGACGGUGAAGGCAACGAGAUCUACAGUCUGGCCCUCUCAUCUUCACUGCCAACUCUACCGUUCGAAGUGUUCCGACAGCUGCUGGAUAGUUCACCAUUGACCACGGACGAUGGCGUGCUGCUGCGAAGGAUGGUCAUCGAGGUCGGAGCCAUCCAUCUGGUGUUGAACUGCUUGAGCAUCUUCACGCACCAUAACAAUGCGGGCGUGAGCAGCAAUUCUAACUCAUCGGAUAAUAUCCAGGCCGCUGCCAGCAAUAAAGGAGCGCCAGGUGCCGCUGCCAACGGUACCGACGAUCAGCUAAACUCAGACGACAAAAGCCAUAUGUAUUGGGCGAAGGGAACGGGCUUCGGUACCGGUUCGACCCAACAGUCGUGGAAUGUUGAGCAGGCUCUGCUUCGUCAGAAGAGCGAAGAGGAACAUGUUACCGUGUUGCUUCAGGUUCUCUCGAGCUACAUCAAUCCAGGAGACAAGUUCCCUUCCAACUUGGAUAGCGAGGUGCUCAGCUACCGAGAAUGCAGUGAGACGUUACCGGAGUUGCCGCCGAUCUUCCUCGAUCUGUUGCAGCAGUCAUGCAUGAUUCCAGCGCUGAGUUCCUACCUGAGGAACGAUUCCGUAUUGGACAUCACGCGUCACAUUCCGCUGUACCGGGCGAUCUUACAACUGUUGAGGGCCAUCUCGCUUUCGAAUCAACUUGUGUCGUUGCUGGUCAACAAGAACAAUGAGGGCAAGAUUUCGAUCGCGGCGCUGCUGGCCAACAUGAAGGCUUGCGUGGACACCUAUGCGAGUCGUUUGAAGGUUAACAAAAAGUCCAAUUUGAAGGGCCAAACGCAGAAGAUAACAGUCAGCUUGGACGACGGAGACGACGAGGGUUUGGCACUGUUGAUUCCGGACAUCCAGGAGACGUCGCUGCUGGUCCAAAAUGCCACCAACGUGGAAGCGUUGACCGUGGAGGAGGAACUGAAGGAAGUCGUACCGCGACCGAUGGCCAAAUCGGUCGAGGAGAAGUAUAUGGAACUGAUGAAAGCAUUGCAAUUUGAUACCUUCGAAAUGAUUGCGGAAACGGAUAACGGUUACCGCUUUACCAUUUCGCACCAUUUCGAAACGAACGUCCGUAUGGCCGGCGACCGUGGCCACCCGGGGCGGGUGAAACGGCUGGCCCAAGAGACGGUCACCCUGUCCACUAGUUUGCCACUGUCCUACAGUAGUUCUGUGUUUGUGCGCUGUGAUACCGAUAGGUUAGAUAUAAUGAAAGUAUUAAUCACCGGACCGGCUGAGACGCCGUACGCCAACGGUUGCUUCGAGUUCGAUGUGUACUUCCCGCCCGACUAUCCGAACUCGCCGAUGAUGAUCAACCUGGAGACGACCGGCAGGAACACGGUCCGCUUCAAUCCGAAUUUGUACAACGAUGGUAAGGUGUGCUUAUCGGUGCUGAACACAUGGCAUGGUCGACCCGAAGAGAAGUGGAAUGCACAUACGUCGAGUUUCCUGCAGGUUCUAGUCUCAAUUCAAAGUCUCAUCCUAGUUCCGGAGCCAUACUUUAACGAGCCAGGAUUUGAGCGAAGCCGUGGCACGCCGACUGGAUCGCACAGUUCGCGGGAGUACAACAGCAACAUCUAUCAGGCCUGUGUGCGAUAUGCAAUGCUGGAGCAGCUGAAAAAUCCUUGUCCAUGCUUCAAAGAAGUCAUCCACACUCACUUCUGGUUGAAACGUAACGAAAUCUGUGCACAAAUCGAAGACUGGAUAGCGGAGCUGAGUAAACCGCUGCUGAACGAGCGUACCGGGCGAACGAUUUCCUUCAACGCGAUGGUACUCCGGCGGCAGUAUCGCCAGCUGCGGGAGGAAUUUGCCAAAUUGAAGCCACCGGAGGGGCUAGACGAGAGAGACUAUCCGUUCAUCACGGGCAUCACUCCGACCACACCCUCAGUCCCGGUUUGUGCGGGUGUGGAAGGCUCGAACAAUGGUGCCGUAGAUUCGUCGGCCACCACGUCACCAGAAAAGCCCCUAACUUCGGAUGACGACGAAAGUGAACUGCUGCUGCAAUCCAGUCAGGGUGAUAUCGUGAUGGGCGAAGACGAGGACGACGACGACGCAAACGUUGUCGACGAAGUGAUCAUCAAGGCUGAUGUAGAGGAUGUUGCUGCUGGCAGUAGCAGCAGUAGCAACGACAAAGGGACCAGCAUUCCGGACGAUGGGCAGGAGGAAAAUCCGGAUCUGUCCCCUGAAGAGAUUGUCCUCUCGAUGGUGUGGUAAGUUGUGCUUCGUCUCUUCGUGAAUCUCAAUGUAUGCCCGUGUCCAAAUGUAUGUCAUCCCAGCGUAUCCUUCGUGCUUGGAAAGAUAUGGAUCAACGCGGAGAUGAACAGCCUUCUUUUCAACAAAAAAAACUGUAUGCUUGAGUGUAGUGUUAGAAUCUAAAAAUGGACCUUUUUUCGAUGGUUUUUCAGAUCUUAGGCAAUCCCAUUGAAGCCUCGUGUCUCUCUCUAUAGUUACGAAACUGAAACAAAGUUCGAGGCAAGCACUGAUGGAGGCUAUAGGUUUGUUUUUGGUGAAGAGAAUUCCACUGGACAAAGAUUUUUAAGCUCCACCAAGCCCGGAAAUCAAACAUGAUUAGAAAUGAACAAAUCCAUAUUAGGGAAACCCUUCAUGUACUAGAACAGAACGACUCAUAGAAGAAAAAAAAACAGGACUAAACAUUAUACAGACAGGAGACCGAAAAACACUCGCGUCAUCUGUGGAAUCGAUAACAGGUUUUGAACUAUCGAUAUCAACGCGCCGAAAUCAAAGAAAUAAAAAUAGCCAUAAUGUAGAAAGAGAGAAAGGUGAUUCCAACUAAGUUUUUUUUAUUCAUUCAAAGCAAGUAUAUUUUGAUUAUUUAUUUAUUGAUUGGAAUCCAAUAGGUUUAGGUUCAUUUCAAUUGUCUCAUAUUUGAAGAAACGUUUAAGGUUUAUUAUUCGUACUAAUAAUAAAAAUUGAUUGUUUGUUUAGUUCAAAUGAUUUUCUAUCAAAUGAAACGGUAGGAUUGCUUUCUUUUGCCCCUAUUUUUUUGCGUUAGCUAGUGUAUAAGAACCCCUUACGAACCGAUACGCUUUUUGGAUUAUUUAAUUAGUUGGUAAAGUCAGACCACAGAACGGAAGUGAUGGAAAAACGCUUUCGCUAUACACUCUCCCAGUGCAUGAUGAGAAUUGAGAGAAACGAAACGUAUAUACCUACCGUAGAAUGAGCAAGCAAUUGGCAAAAUGCAGAGCUGACAAAUGAGAAAACAAUUUCCGAGUAAGUAUAUAAUGUUAGUAAGUAAACUCUGUGGGUGUGCAGAACACACAACACACAAUUAAAGGUAGCGGAAACGUGAAUAUUAUACAACAAAACCUUAUAUGGAUAUUAUGAACUAGUAAUACUUAUUAAUAAAUUGAUUGAACAGAAA